CACUAUAAAUAAGUUGACGACGGAUUUUUGUGCGGUAAUCUGUUGAGACUUGGUAAAAGAUAUUUUGUUGGUGAAUUACAGUAAAAUACAUUUCGAAAAUGCGUGAAAUCGUUCAUUUACAAGCUGGACAAUGCGGCAACCAGAUUGGUGCCAAGUUUUGGGAAGUGAUCUCUGAUGAGCAUGGAAUUGACCCUACAGGAACGUACCAUGGCGACUCUGACCUCCAACUGGAGAGGAUCAACGUCUACUACAAUGAGGCUACAGGUGGGAAAUAUGUUCCCCGUGCUGUGUUGGUCGACUUGGAGCCCGGAACUAUGGACUCCGUGAGAUCCGGACCUUUUGGUCAGAUCUUCAGACCAGACAACUUUGUGUUCGGUCAGAGCGGUGCUGGUAACAACUGGGCCAAAGGUCACUACACAGAGGGCGCUGAACUCGUAGAUUCGGUUCUGGAUGUUGUCCGCAAGGAAGCUGAAAGUUGCGAUUGUCUUCAAGGAUUCCAGCUGACACAUUCACUGGGUGGCGGCACUGGUUCCGGUAUGGGCACCUUGCUUAUCAGCAAGAUCCGUGAAGAGUAUCCAGACAGAAUCAUGCUCACAUUCUCGGUCGUCCCAUCUCCUAAGGUAUCCGACACAGUGGUUGAGCCCUACAACGCUACCCUCUCCGUCCAUCAGCUGGUUGAGAACACUGACGAGACGUACUGUAUCGACAACGAGGCUCUGUACGACAUCUGCUUCCGUACCCUGAAACUGACCACCCCAACCUAUGGUGACUUGAACCAUCUGGUGUCUGCUACCAUGUCCGGUGUCACAACCUGUCUCAGAUUCCCUGGUCAACUGAACGCUGAUCUUCGCAAACUGGCGGUCAACAUGGUUCCAUUCCCACGUCUCCACUUCUUCAUGCCAGGCUUUGCUCCACUCACCUCCCGUGGAAGCCAGCAGUACCGCGCCUUGACAGUCCCUGAGCUCACCCAGCAGAUGUUUGAUUCCAAGAACAUGAUGGCUGCCUGCGAUCCACGUCACGGUCGCUACCUCACUGUUGCUGCCAUCUUUCGUGGCCGCAUGUCCAUGAAGGAGGUUGAUGAGCAGAUGUUGAACGUCCAGAACAAGAACAGCAGCUACUUCGUCGAAUGGAUCCCCAACAACGUAAAGACAGCCGUAUGCGACAUUCCACCACGUGGUCUCAAGAUGUCUGCCACCUUCAUCGGCAACAGCACCGCCAUCCAGGAGCUGUUCAAGCGAAUCUCCGAGCAGUUCACCGCCAUGUUCAGGAGAAAGGCUUUCCUCCACUGGUACACUGGUGAGGGCAUGGAUGAGAUGGAGUUCACUGAGGCAGAGUCCAACAUGAAUGACUUGGUCUCUGAGUACCAGCAGUACCAGGAUGCCACCGCUGAGGAGGAGGGGGAGUUUGAUGAGGAGGAAGGUGAUCAAGAAGAAGCUUAAGUUUAGAACAGUGCAGUCUCCAUCAGGACCCUUAAUUGUUUACUUCUACUUACACAUCAAUCAGACUGGACUCUACCAAAGAAUGCACAUGCAUGUCUACAGUUCAUUACAUUCUUUAAACUUAAAAUGAUUUUGAUUGUAGUAUUUGGUGCACUUUAUUCUAGUACUUAAAAAUGGUGCACUGUUUGUGGACAAUUCCAUUGCCAGAUGGAUAAAUAGGCAAUUGUUUUUAUUCUGAUCUUGACCAUCGCAUAAUAUCAAAAACGUAAAUAACUAUAUCGAAUAUGCAAAAGCAAAAACAAGACUAUUUUGAAAAUGAGAUUUGACAAUUGGGCUGGAAAUUCUUUUUACGUAGGGUAGGUUGGCUUUUAAAAUAAAUAUAUAUCUCUAUCUCUUUAUCUCUAUCUAUCUAUCUAUCUAUCUAUCUAUCUAUCUAUAUAUAUGCAUGCAUGCAUACAUACAUAUAUUGUACUUCAUUCAGCUCUACAGGUCCAGAUAAAAAAUAUAUAUUAAUUUGUUUUUAAAUCUUAAAAAAAAAAACAAUGCAUAAAAAAAAAGGUUGGGUCCCCAGAAAUACAUUUUUAAAAUCCUUAUAUAAAGCUUGUUGAAAUUGGUAAGAAAUUUGGGCUAGUGCUUUAUUUUUUGGUGGUUUUUGAAAUUUACAAACCCACUAGCCCUAUGGCUAGUGACUUUUAGAAAAAUUUUCAUACCCUGUGAUCAGCACUUUAAAAUGGUGGUCUAUGUGCAAUUCCAUUUCUAGAUGUUUAAAUGAACAGUAUCUUUUUUAUUUGUUGACCGCCAGUUGUCUGUCAUCUGUGAUAUAAGCAAGACUGGUCUAAGUUUUCUCGUGGUGGUCACAAACUUACAAAUUAGUGUUCUUCUAUACUGGGUCUUUUCAAUUAUUUUGUACCAUAUAAAUUCUGGCAACCAUAUGAUGUCCGGAGAGAGAAUAAAAACAAUCCAUCUUU